CUUAGUCCUUGACUAUGACCACAAUUGUGAACAAAAGCUUGCUCCGACAAUGUGCGCGCACCCAGCCGGUCUGCCAUUUCUGUCGGGGCUUUUCCAGCAGUUCUCCCUGGUUCGCAGGACAUAAUCGAUGGUCUUCGAUCAGGCAUGACAAGGCAAAGAAUGACAAGGCGAAAAGUAAGGAGCGUCAGAUCAUCGGCAAAGAAAUUAGUAGUGCUACGCAGAUGUGGGGACCGGAUCCGAAAUUCAAUCCGCGCCUGACUCUCGCCCUCUCGAACGCGAAACGAGCCGGAAUCCCAAAAACCGUGAUCGAAGCCGCAGUCGCAAGAGGUCAGGGUAUAAGCGUAACUGGUGAGGCUCUCGAGCAAGUCACUAUUGAGGCUAUUUUGCCCCAUUCCGUUGCGGCGGUUAUCGAAUGCCAGACCGACCAGAAGGCCCGCAUCUUGCAAGAUCUCCGCUAUGCUAUCAAGGAUGCUGGUGGGACUGUUACCCCGACUACGUAUCUCUUUGAAAAGAAAGGGAGGAUAACAUUCGAAAAGAAAGACGGCCUGAACCCGGAUGACUACCUAGAUCAGGCUAUUGAAGCUGGUGCUAUGGACAUCACUGCAGAUGAAGAAGGCCGUCUCAUCGUGUUCGCUGAGCCCGCAGAAACAAAGAGUGUGGGCGAAGCUCUGUCAAAGAUGUCUCAGCUUACAAUUGAAGAACUAGAAAUCAUUUGGGAUCCGAACCAAGAUACCUUGGUGGAGCUAACGGAGGACGAGCACGUCAAGGAGAUAGAAGACAUACUUAGUAUCCUUCGCGAAGAGUCGAGUGUCCGUGAUAUCUAUCUGAACACUACACAACAGUACUGAUGGUAGAUUACUCUACCCAAUUAAUGCCGCC